AUGUCGAAUUGCGACCAUAGCUAUGUAAGACAAUUGGAAGAGCAGGUCAAGAGCCUCUCUAGCAUUGUGGAGAACUAUGAGAAGGCAGCGACCGAUGGGCCAAGUAAUAGUCCUGAAGGGAUAGUGACGAAUGCCUCGUCUUUACCAAUAGCUCAGCAUCCAACGGUAAUGGAGGCCUUCCCUACACCGAAUAGCAUUUCAUCAUGGCAUACGAGAGAACAAGAGGUCUCUGGUAUGAAUACUCACACGAGAGAUGUCGAAUUCUACGGUAGCUCUUCAUCCGUUGCUCUUCUGUCUCAUGUCCGGCGAACUGGUGAGGAAGACAAUGAUGAUGACGAUGCUGGUGCACUUCUCUCGUCGUUGCACAAUCCUCACUUCGACGCAAGCGGAUCGCAGGAUACGCAGCGAGGGAGAAGAAGUACUGAAGAGUCUGAUCACUCACCUUGGUACCUCCAAUGUCGCAACUUUAUAGACGGCUUCUUCUCCGCGAUUCACUACAUUCACCCGAUCUUGGACAAGACUUCGUUCGUGCAACGCUUGUCAUACAUGUAUGUUGGCCUUGCCAUAAGAACUGCUUUGGCAAUGGGCAUCAAUCGUGAGCCGGGACCCAAUAGCAAGAAGCCGCCAUCUUUACUGAGAGCAGAGACACGGACGUGGUGGGGUCUUUACUCUUUGGAGACUGAAAUGUCUUUCGCAAUGGGCCGACCAGAUACUCUAGGAGCAGACCUGUAUCACAAUCGACGAUUCCCACGUAUUAGUAACGGCCAAAGCGAAACCGGGAUGGAUUCUGAGAUGGCCGAACAUGCUUGUUGCGCCAUCAUCGAGCACAUGGUGCAUUUCUCCAAAAUCACAAGGAACAUCUGCCUCAGUAUUUACCUGCCCGAAACGACGAUACCGAUGAUGGUGGCAAUGGCUGGUCAAAUUGAGAGGGAUCUAGAGGCCUGGACACAAAAGCUUCCCGAGGCUAUACGGCCAAUGGGAUCGUCAACUCAGGUACCGUCUCUGAGAGGGGUCAGGGAUGUUCAGUGGGUGAAGCGACAAAGACUUGUACUAAAUUUGCGAUAUCACAACCUGAGAAUCCUCCUCUUCGGAUCCUUCCUCUUGAGGUCAACGGCGCAGGAGAGAGCGACUAUGAGUGACACAAAAACCGGCAUCCAAAAGUGCCUUGAGUCAGCAAAGCAAACUAUUGAGACCAUCUAUCAGACUUACCAACACAGCGACUUCUUCCGAACAUGGUUCUACAACACAACAUAUACCGUAUUUGCUGCCAGCAUUAUACUGGUAUACAUGACCCAAGAAGCAGUCGAAAGCGAAAUGCAACCACUCCUUCGCCUAGUCGAUAUGGCGAUCGAGAUCCUCAUGAUCAUGGAUGAGUGCGUCGUUGCGCUACAAGCGGCAAAGCUACUACAAGGAGCUAGGGAAAAGGCUACACAGAAGUCAUCAUCUCAAGCUGCAGCGGCUGUAAAUCCAGGGACGUCUUGGCCUGAUGGAAUGGUGUACUUGAAUCACUACUGGGGACCUAUGAAUCUGCUGGAUGGGGACUUGGAUCAGAACCUCGACAUGUCAUCGAUAGACUUUGAUGCUGCGAGCCUGUUUAUGUCGAUGCCUCAUUAG